AUGGUGGGUUUUCGAACGACGAGGAAGAAAAAGAACGACGAGAACGACAACAACAAGAACAAGAAUAAAGGAGGAGGAUUUCUAAAAAAAGGAGUUCUAAAAGAUGAUCUCUCUCAAAAUGAUUUAACGAAUGGCGUCAGCAUCAGCGGUGCGUCAGAGACGGAGAGAGUCUUUAACAGGAACGAUGACGCAUCGAAGACAAAUUUUGGUGUUACGAGAACAGAAGAAGCUUUACACGAUUCUUACGUAAACAACAACAACAACAACAACAACAACAACAACAACAACAACGACAACGCGUUGACGAUUCAGACGACAGAGACAGAGACAGAAGAGGACAAAACUCUCGGUGAUAAUAAAACAACAAAAGAGAGAAGAAGAAAGACAGAAAUUAUAGAACGGGAAGCGCAAUUGGAGAUUAAAGAGGAACUCAUCGAGGAAAUCGCGACGCUGCGACUGUUUAAAGAACGCGCGAACGACGACAACAACAACAUUAAAAACAAGAACAUGCAAGAACAAAAAAACUUAGAAGAGAAACUUUCAAAAGCGCACGAGAAACGAAUCGAAGAGAUGAUGUCAGAGCGUGAAAAUUUAUUGAACGAACUUAACGACGCGCGGAGGAAGCGGGAGGAAAUCGAGCGCGUGUCUUUAUCGAUGAAGGCGAAAGAGGAGGAGGAGAAGAAAAGUUUACGAAACCGCACCGAGGCAUUAGAGAGGGAGAACGAGAGGUGCAAGAAAGAGAUUGAAGAUUGGAAAGAAGAGGCGAAGACGUUGAAGGAGAAAAAGGAGAAGAGAGAUCGCGAUGAUGAUAACGGGAAGAGCAGUAGCAACAGCAACGGAAACGCGACGACGACGACGAAAGAAGAGAAAGGCAAAGGAGGAGGAGGAGGAGGAGGAGGAGGAGGAGGAGGAGGAAAAGAAGAAGCAGAAGAAGAGAAAACAAAAGCCGCCACAAAUGACGACAAUAACGACGACAACGACGACGUCCGAAACAAUCCGUUUCACAAAGAGAUGAUGGUUAAGAAAGCGAAAGAGGUUGAAAAUCUCACGAAAAUGUUGAAAGAAGCCGACGAGGCGAUUCAAUCCGUGGAGUCGUUCGCGAAAGAUAUGGAGCGCAAGUUUACGUAUUCUGAAAACGAAAAGAAAUAUUUUCAGGAAGAUUUAACGCAAAUGAAAAAAGAGUACGAUGUUCUAGAGAAGUUCACUCGCGAGCGCGGCGCGAGCGCGAUGGUGGCGUUUGCAAACGCGCAACGCGAGCGCGAGAAACUCGAGCGGCGUUUGGAGGAAGCGCAAAGGCUUUUAGUGGAACAAGAGGAAUAUUUUGUAGAAAGCGCGGCAGCAACGGUAGCAGCAGCAGGAGGAGGAGUCGAAGAUGGAAAGGAGCUCGAAGAACGGCAGCAGCAACAUGUUCGUCUCCUCAAAGAGUACCAAAAAAGGGCAAUAGAUGCGGAAGAGCAACUUUUAUCCGCCACCGCGCAAGCGGAAAACGAAGCCGCUCAACAUCUCGAAAAUCUCAAAAGUUCCGAACGCGAGAAGCAAGUCUUGGAAGACCGCUUACGCACCGAGGAACGGAAAGUCGAAUCUGUGCGCCACGAGCUGAACGAGUGCACCUCGAAACUUCUCCUCCUCGAAACGUCCUCGCGAGAAUUAAAAGACGAACUCGAGGACAAGCGAAAAGUCAUCGAAGGUUUAAAAAAAGAUAUCGACGUGCAAGACGAAAUCUUGAUCCAAAAAGAACUCACCAUCGAAAAGAACGAGGAAUUAUUCAACGAGAAAUUGAUGAAAGAAGCUCUCGUGGCGAAAGAAAUCGUCGACGAUGCCGUAUUGAGGUGCACCGAGGCGGAAGAGAAGAUGGACUUGGCCGAGACGAAAGCGAAAGCGCUCGAGAAACAACUCCUUUUUGCAGAAGAAGAAGAAGAAGAAGAAGAAGAAGAAGAACAGUAG